GUAUUGCAACUAUCAAACAAUGGAUGCUAAAAUCAAUAAAGUUAUAAGUUUGGCAAAGGAGUAUUUAAGUCUCUCCGAACCAAAAAAAGCCUUGAAAAUCCUACUUCCUUACAUCAAAAAUUCAAAGUUUAACCAGGAUUUGGACUAUCUUAAUAUCUUGGGAGAAGUGUUUUUGGAAACGAAUAAUUUGGAAAAGGCCUAUGAAGUGUUUGAGAAAGCAUGUAAGAUAGAUCCGGAGGCUAAUCAUUCUGUUGACUAUUUUUUUAACUGGGGGCAAAUAAUUGGAGGCUUUGAUGCUUUAAAAUUAUUUGACAUUGCAAUAAGUAAAUUAGAAAAUCAAAUCUCUAAAACCAAUGUUAAUCAAAACAUAAUAAUUAAAAAAUUAGUCUCUGGAUAUCUAUCAUCAAUUGAAAUCUGGAUGACUGAACUAUGUUUUGAAGAAGCAGCAGAAAAAAGUUGCGAAUCUUUGAUUAAUAAAGCUAUUCAAAUUGACCCAAGUAAUCCAGAAAUUUUCUCUAUGAAUGCAUCUAUCAAAGUGUCCCAACAAAACUAUCAAGUCGCUAAAGAAUCAAUUUUGAAAUCAUGGGAGCUAUUCCAAGCUAAAAUAGAAUCAUUGCAAACUAACGAUUCUCUGGUCUUUGAUAGUAUCAAUCACAAUUUGGAAUAUAUUGAAUUGAUUCAGCCAUUUACAACAUUAGCUAGAUUAGCAAUUGAAAUGGAAUUAUACGAAACUGCAUCUUCAAUUGCUUCCUCAAUUCACGAUAUUAAUGAAGAUAUAGUAGAGCCUUAUUAUUUGGAAUGUUUUGCAAAUUAUUUGCAAAUUAAACUUUUGCAAAAUCCUCAAAACGAUAAUUAUCAAGAUUCCAAACUUAUCUUAAAUGAUAAUAACGUGGAAAUAACAAAACUAAUUAACGAAACAAGAGCAUCUUUAGUUACUGCUAAACUUUUUUUGAAUAACGAAAAGCUCUCAGAUCCAGAUAUUGAAACUCAAAUUAAAUUUUUAUUGGAAGAAUUUGGAGGCGAAGAAAUUUGUCAAACUGCUAGAAACAAUCAUUUAGCAAACAAUGAUGACAUAAAUGAAAGUAACUGGGAAGAUGUGAUUGAUGAAAAUGAUUGAAAUACCUUUUUUUUCACUUUUGAUAAAGAUUGUUUAUUUUUGAGUGUAUUAAUUUAUUUAUUGUAGGAAAGUUUUUGGUUUUUUUUCGAUUGUAUUGUAUUCUUUUUUAUGGCCUG